AAAAAACGCAGUCGCUAUUGGCUCUUCCUCGCUCCUCUUUAUCUCUGUCUACAUUUCAAAUUCUCAAUUCAAUCUCCCUUACCUAACAGGGAUUUUGGUUUCCCAAUUGAUUAGGAUUUUCUGGAUUGGCUGGAAAACGAGGACGGGUCGUGAAAACCGGAUAUGGAUUCCGAGGCAAAGGAUUCGUCUCAAUGUGUUAGAGUUGCCGUCAACAUUCGGCCUCUCAUCACCUCUGAGCUUCUGAAUGGAUGUACAGAUUGCAUCACCUUGGUUCCGGGUGUACCUCAGGUUCAGAUAGGAUCGCACGCAUUUACUUAUGAUUACGUGUAUGGUAACACAGCUGUACCUUCUAGUAAAAUAUAUGAUGACUGUGUGGCACCUCUGGUUGACGCACUAUUCCAUGGCUACAAUGCCACAGUUCUUGCUUAUGGCCAGACUGGUUCUGGAAAGACUUAUACAAUGGGGACUAAUUAUAGCGGUGAAGGAAGUAGCUUUGGAAUUAUACCUAAAGUAAUGGAAAAUAUUUUUGAAAGAGUUGAGGCAGAUAAAGAAUCUACAGAAUUCUUGAUAAGAGUCUCAUUUAUUGAGAUUUUCAAGGAGGAGGUCUUCGACUUGCUUGAUUCGAAUUUGCCUAAUUUGAACAAAGGCGAUUGGUCAUCUGUGGCCAAGCCUGUUGUUCCAUCAAGGGCUCCUAUCCAAAUCAGAGAAACAGUGAAUGGAGGCAUAACACUUGCUGGCGUGACUGAGGCAGAAGUUAGGACAAAAGAAGAGAUGGCAUCAUAUAUAUCUCGUGGUUCACUGGCCCGUGCUACCGGAAGUACCAACAUGAAUAGUCAAUCAAGUCGUUCGCAUGCUAUCUUUACUGUUACCAUGGAGCAAAAGAAAAUUAAUUAUGGCCAGAAUAGAGUAAUAGCUGAUGAUAUCGGUGAUGAUAUAUUUUGCGCUAAACUCCAUUUAGUGGACCUUGCUGGUUCAGAACGUGCCAAACGAACCGGUGCUGAUGCCAUGCGUUUGAAAGAAGGCAUCCAUAUCAAUAAGGGUUUAUUAGCUCUUGGUAAUGUAAUAAGUGCUUUGGGUGAUGAGAAGAAGCGUAAAGAAGGAGGUCAUGUUCCAUAUCGUGAUAGCAAGUUGACACGCUUAUUACAGGAUUCUCUUGGAGGAAACAGCAAAACAGUGAUGAUUGCUUGUGUUAGUCCUGCGGACACAAAUGCUGAGGAGACUUUAAACACUUUGAAGUAUGCAAAUCGAGCUCGUAACAUUCAGAACAAAGCAGUUAUCAACCGUGAUCCAAUGGCUGCUCAAAUGCAAAGGAUGCGGAGCCAAAUUGAGCAGUUGCAGGCCGAGCUUCUAUUUUAUCGUGGCGAUUUGAGUUCACCUUAUGAUGAUCUUCAGGCAACUCUUCUUUUGCAGAUUCUGAAACACAAAGUAUCUUUACUCGAAGCAAGCAACAGUGAGUUACAACGGGAGCUUCAAGAACGCAGGGUAACUUGUGAGCAUUUAAAACAACGUGCUCUGGAUGCUCAGGUUGAAAAGGACAAAUUGGUAAUACAAAUUGAAUCAGCUCGGAAUGGGAAAUCAUGGGAUGAGAUUGACUGUAAUUCAACUAAGGACUUUGAUUUGUUGAAAACUUAUGUGUCUAAAAUUCAAGAGUUAGAAGGGGAAUUGUUGCGUGUGAAGAACUCAUACAGCUCCAAACGUAGUCGAACUGCUGAUUGUGUUGAAUUUGAUGAUGAUGGAUUCCGCUCAAAGAAUGUACUAUUCCCAUGUUUAAAUGAGUUUUCUUCUGAUUGUGAUACCAAAGCUGUGGACAUUUCUGAUGAGAUUGAAGAUGAAGAGAAGGAGUUAGAACAUUCUUCUCUUCAAGAAAAAUUGGACAAAGAGCUCAAAGAGUUGGAUAGGAAACUUGAACAAAAGGAGGCUGAAAUGAAGCGAUUUGCUAGUGCUGAUACUUCAGUUCUUAAACAACAUUAUGAGAAGAAAGUCCUAGAGCUUGAACAUGAAAAGAAGACUUUGCAGAAAGAAAUUGAGGAACUGAGGCACAAUCUUGCAAAUAUAUCAUCUACUUCUGACGAUGGUGCUAAAAAAUUGAAGGAAGAGUACCUUCAGAAGUUGAAUGUCCUUGAGGCACAGGUUUCACAGUUGAAGAAAAAACAAGAUGCUCAAGCUCAACUCUUGAGACAGAAACAAAAAAGUGAUGAGGCAGCAAAACGGCUACAGGAUGAGAUUCAUAGAAUUAAGUCUCAGAAGGUUCAAUUGCAACAUAAGAUUAAGCAAGAGUCUGAGCAGUUCAGGUUAUGGAAGGCAUCUCGAGAAAAGGAAGUUCUUCAGCUUAAGAAAGAAGGAAGGAGGAAUGAGUAUGAGAUGCAUAAGCUAUUAGCUCUAAACCAGAGGCAGAAAAUGGUCUUGCAAAGAAAGACAGAAGAGGCUUCUAUGGCUACUAAGAGACUUAAAGAGCUUUUGGAAUCUCGAAAAGCUUCCUCAGGUGUUGGAAAUGGGAAUGGUCCUGGAAUUCAGGCUCUAAUGCAAACAGUUGAGCAUGAGCUUGAAGUCACAGUGCGGGUACAUGAAGUACGUUCUGAAUAUGAGCGCCAAAUGGAAGAGAGGGCAAGGAUGGCCAAUGAGAUUGCAAAGUUGAAGGACGAGGCACAAGUGCUGAAGCAAACUAAUUUAAGUGAUAGCCCAGAAACCAUGUCUCCUGGUGCAAGAAAUUCAAGAAUAUUUGCUCUUGAAAACAUGCUAGCAACUUCUUCUAGUACCCUAGUUUCUAUGGCAUCACAAUUGUCAGAAGCAGAAGAGCGUGAACGAAUUUUUAGUGGUAGAGGACGUUGGAACCAAGUUCGGUCCCUUGCUGAUGCAAAAAACAUUAUGAAUUAUCUUUUCAAUUUAGCAUCCUCUUCCAGGUGCUUGUUACGAGAUAAGGAAGUUGAUUGCAGAGAGAAAGAGACAGAAAUAAGAGAUCUUAAGGAAAAGGUAGUGAAACUCAGUAGUUUUGCCAGACAACUUGAAACACAGAAGGCAGAACUGAUUCAUCAGUUGAAGUUGCAGAAUGCAACUUUAAGAAACUUAUCUGUGAAACCAGAAGACUCGGACAAUUUCGACCGAGGGCGUAAGUACGAUUUGCGCAAGACGGGAUACCGGAGCUCAUUCAUAUUUUUGGAGGAUAUGGACACGUCUGAUUCAGAACAUUCAGAUAUAGAUGGAGAUGACGAAUGGGUAAAUUCAGAUAUAGAUGGAGAUGACGAAUGGGUAAAGUCAAGAAAACGGCCUGUGAAGAAAAGAAGUUCUAAAAAUGGAGGUCGCUCAAGUGUUGAGUUCAAUCAGUUAGGAGUUGAUGUUUCAGAAAAACUGAGAUUAGACUAUUCAGGUGAGGAAACUGUUGCUCAGAAAGAGAACAAUGAAUCCGGAUUAUGUUGCACAUGUAGCAAGAGCUCAUCAUGCAAGACAAAUAAAUGUCACUGCCGAGCAUCUGGGGGCAUUUGUAGUUCAUCAUGCGGAUGUGCAGCCGUUAAGUGCUCCAACAGAGAAGCUGUUAUCGGCAAGAAGCAUGACUUGCCACAAUCUGAUGUGGCCAACAGUGAAGAGAGUGGUCCAGGGGCUGAUGAUAAGGAGAAGAAUCACCUUCUUGCCUCAGAGGGUGCAAUGCUACUCCAGAGCGCACUUAUUGAGAAGCCUACUGAGACAAAUAAUGAUGGUGGGUCAAGGAGGAAACCUCUGUCAGACAUUGGAAACGCAUUGGUUAAGUCCAAUGCACCAAAGCCAAAUCAGAGAAAGAAAUGGCGGAAAUCUGUUAUUCAGCUAGUUCCUGUUGCCCCAACUUCCAUGCCGCCAGAAAACAACACUACCGAAGCCGAAGUUCCCAAAAAGGCAGACAAUAGUGCAAGUGAGGCAGACAUUCCUUUGAAGUUACCAAGGGCAAUGCGUUCAGCUGCAUCAAAUAGUAGCAACCUGUUGAGGGAUAGAAAUGCUGAUCAAUCAGAUGAAACAGUUAACAAGGAAACUACCAUUCUCGCUUCGAGUAGUCCUGCUCGGCCAAAAAGAACUUCAGAGGAGAAAGAGAACUGCAGCCGUUAACUUCAGUCAAACGAAACCACCAUAUUGGUUGACAUGUACGCCAUUCAUGGAUUUGUGGGAUCUAACAUGAUUAGUUGGAGCCUUGGUAGUGUAUUUUAUUGUGUAGAAUAUGAAAUUGAUUGCUGUUCUAGCAGUUGAAGAACAGAUCAUGAUUGCUACCUUUAGC